AUGGCGAGACAACAUAUUCAUUUGGCUUUUUCUGGCUGGUACUGCUACUAUGGUCGAGCUAGGGCUGAAGUUGCAAGUGACAUCGAAGCAGCUGCAAUCUUAUCUCUGUUAGGUUAUCAAACAGCUUACGAACAACAAUUCAAAUUACAGAAUCGACCUAGCUAUCGGAAAUUGGCAAGAGAUUAG